ACUAAAUCCAAGAGCGUUGAAAAACAGGGACUAAAAUCUAGUCCCAGACGACCUCAGGGUAAGGGUCACUGGCGAGAAGAUUGCAAGAAGCCAUACAGGUCGAAGGCGGACAGACUCAAGUCGGAGGGCAAGAGCUUCUACUUUCAAGUGGGGUCGGCAGCGGGCUCGAGCGGGAGCACCUGGGCGAUCUUCGCCGAGGAGCUGGCCGAGGCGAUCGCCUUGGUGACGGCUAGCAGGUCAGACUCAUUUUCGGGAGUGACGCUGAGGUCGAUGGCAGACCAGGCUCUGGUAGACACGGCGGCGGCCCAGGCUUUGAUAGGCGUCCCGGACCUCAAGCAUCUCAAGUCGGCUUUCAAGGAGAAGGGCUUCAAGGUGCACGUUAGGUACCAGGACGAUCUUCCUUUCGCCAGCGGCGUCGGAGGGCGCGUCCGCCCGGUCGCCAAAGCUUUCGUUCCAGUAUCAUUUCACGGCUGUGGGGUAUUGGAAUUUCUCGUGUUGCCGCAUCCUUGUCCCCCCUUGUUGCCAGCAGGGUUCCUGGACUUCAUGUCGGCCAAGAUCGACCUAGCGGCCAACCAGAUGACGGUGGGAACGGAUGACGCCACCACGCUGGAUAUGACGAAGCUCCCAUCAGGCCACCGCACGAUCGGUCUGAUCGGCAAGUCCCCGUCAGAUUUCGUUCUCGACCCUGAUCUGGCCCAGAAGUUUCCGUCUUUUCGGAUCGGCUCGGAGAGCGCCUGGGCCACGAGCGUGUCGAGCGGCUCAGACAGGUGGGAGCGGGGCGGCAACAAGCUGAGGCUGGUGUUCACCAAGCCCCGGCGUGCCAUGCCAGUGAAGAAGGAUCUGAGUGAGUCUCCCGUUCCGUCGAGCUUUCUGGAAGACGAGAUGGUCACGACUUGCAGGUUCAAGAAUCCCGACGGGAUCUACGUCGAGCACAUCUUCGAGGGCUCGGUAUCCGACCUCGAGGACGAUGCAAAGCUCAUGCCGGACUACUGGGUCGGGCACGUGGAGUUUCAGGUGACGGCGCCGCCUGUGCAGGACAUCAGCAGCUGAGCGGUAUCCUGAGCGUCUGGUGGACGCGCUGAUUGAGGGCGUUGAGCGGACAGGUUUUGCCGUUCUGUCAGCUAGCGAGCCGGAGGCCCUCUCGUUUCCGGCCGCCGCUGCCCCAUGGGCAGACCCCC